AUAAGGGCUGGGAUUAUACCCACGUUCAAGAUGCUUAAUAAAAGCUACACUGUGGCAACACCAGGUUGCUUCGCUCACAGAUGGUUGCUGUGUUUGCCCAACUGGUCGUCCCCAGCAAACAUGUCGUGAAUUGCGCAAGAGAAUGUUGUGCGAGGCCAAGACAGCGCGUGAAAAUAUUAUACAGUUGCAGUUGUUGGAAGGAAAAAAGUUUAAGGAAACAAGAAAAUAUUUGCAAAAUUCAUGAGUUCAAGUGAAUUAAACUUCAAUGAAAUGAAGGCAAUUUUAUAAUUUUACAAAGCAGUGUUUAAAAAGUGUGAGAAUUAGCAGGAAUCUUGUGUGAAGUGCGAGUUUAUGUUAUUACGCCAAGGAAUCGCAUAAAAUGUGACCCAAUUUGUUGUGUGUGCGUGUGUUGUGAAGCUGAUUGUGCGAGCGCAUCAACCACAACAACAACAGCAACAUAACGAAUGAACAUAGGAAACAUAAAAGACAAUUGAGAGAGUAAACGCUAUAGCGUGAGUGUAAAGCUACCCAAGAGCGCUAUCAAAGUAACACGAGCGUACUCGUCGAGUGGGCUGUGCCACUGACAGCCAGCAAUAACAGUAACAAACGACAACAAAACACGGUAUAUUUUCAAUAGCAGCCUAGCCUCUGACGGCUGUAUUAUUUCGCGUCCUUCAUUUAUUUACGCCAGUGGAAAUAUGAAGAUCAAUGCAAAAAUGGCCACCCCUAUAGAGGAAAAGGUUGACCAAAACUUAAAGAUCCGCACUGGUAUGGUAAAUGUCAGCGAUGGCAAAAGUAAACCAGAACCACUUAGACUGAAUUUAACUAUGGAACUGGUUACGUUGCAAAGGUUAGAGGUCGUUACACCAACAAAUCCUCACAAUGGACCACCAAUGGAAUCAAAGGAGCGCAUGGUACAGAUUACGCGUCAAAAGCAGGGCGGCCUUGGUCUAAGCAUAAAAGGUGGUGCCGAGCACAAAUUGCCCAUUUUAAUAUCGCGCAUCUACAAGGAUCAAGCGGCGGAUAUUACAGGCCAACUAUUUGUUGGCGAUGCGAUAAUUAAAGUGAAUGGCGAAUACAUCACAGCUUGUCCGCACGAUGAUGCGGUGAAUAUAUUGCGUAAUGCCGGCGAUAUUGUUGUGCUGACGGUGAAGCAUUACCGUGCGGCGACGCCAUUCCUGCAAAAGCAACUUGCCAAGGAGACACCCGAUUCGGACAAUGAUGCAACAUGUGCGGAAUUAAAGGCUGACGAAGGCUACAAGUCCUCGGUAAAUAAUGGCACAAUAAGUCGCAGCUGUAGUCGCCCGAUGUCGAUUUGUUCGGAACCGGAAAAGAAAUGGGUGGAUGUGGUGGCAGUGCCGCUGAUGAUGGCCUACGUAACGCGCUAUAUCUACGGCACCGAUAAGUUGCGCCCCAAUGCGUUUGAAGUACGCGGCCUUAAUGGCGCCUCGACUGGCAUAAUACACUGUGAUGAUUUGGCCAUUCUCAGUCAAUGGCUUAAAUUGAUAACCGAUAAUGUUGUUGGAUUGACACAUUUACAAAUGAAGCUUUACAAUCGCAAUUUUGCCGUAGGCGAGCGUAUCGAAUACAUGGGCUGGGUGAACGAGGGUGUCAUUAACAACAAUAUCUCCUGGCAAAGCUACAAACCACGUUUUCUAGUAUUAAAAGGCACUGAAGUGAUGCUUUUUGAAACACCACCGUUAAAUGUCGCCGGUUUGUCGAAGGCACUGGUGGCCUACAAAGUCUAUCAGACGAUGUUUCGUGUCGUAAAGGAAUCGGAAACGGUGGAUAGUCGUCAGCAUUGCUUUCUGUUGCAGAGUUCCGGUCAUGAGCCACGUUAUCUGAGCGUCGAGACGCGUCAGGAGCUGCUACGCAUCGAAAAUAGCUGGAAUGCGGCCAUAGUGACGAGCGUAAUUAAAUUGGGCCGCAAAACUUUCGCCGUCUCACAUCAUGGCAAGAGUGGCGGUCUAACUUUGGACUGGCAGUCGGGUUUCUCGCUGGCGGAAGGUGCCGACUCGGCCAUCGUUUGGCAAUAUAAAUUUUCACAACUGCGCGGUUCCAGCGAUGACGGCAAAUCAAAAUUAAAACUACAUUUUCAGGAUCAUGAAACGCGCGCAAUUGAAACAAAAGAACUGGAAUGUCAAGUGCUGCAAAGUUUACUCUUUUGUAUGCAUGCCUUUUUGACCGCCAAAGUCGCCUCAGUUGAUCCGGCGUUUCUAAGUUCUAUACAGCAAACCUAAAAUCGGUGCACUGAAAACAUCUAAACAAACAACCCGGAUGAAAUUCGUGGCGCCACGCAUACUUUGAGCGAAAAUGCGCUACAAAUGUGGCAGAAGGAAAUUUAUUAUGUAUUGAACAAUUCCAGCGGCAAGUAGGUACUUAAAAAAUUACAAACUAACUAAAAAAAAAAACAAAAAAUAUUAAAACAAAAAACAUGAAG